CUUCCAAGCAAACACUCGCUCGAUGAUCUUCAGCAACCGCACACCCUGGUCCACACGGAACUCCUCCUGUCACACACACACACACAGACACAAAGAGGAGGAAGAUGUGCGACGUGCAGCUGCUGCGGGAGUCGGUACAUGAGCGGAUCAGCGCCGCCGCCGAAGACUUCCUGCUGCAGCUGGAGAAAGGAGGAGAAACGGCUCGAGUCCCGGAGCUGAGAGCGAUGCUAACCGAGCGGCUAACGGCGGCGGCGGAGGAGAUCGUCGCGGUGUUCGAAGACAGAAUGGAGCGGUCCGAGCGGGAGCUCUGCCGCCAGAGGAGGCUGCUGGAGGCCGUGAUGAAGCCCGAACUCCGGCUGCACCGAGUUGUGUGUCCUGCAGACGUACAGCAGCUGAUGGUGAAUAAAGAAGAGGUUCCCCCUGAGCAGCAGCAGUGGAGCCCCCUUGUGGACCAGGGGGACCAAAAGCCCCCCCACAUUAAAGAGGAACAGGAGGAACCGUGGACCAAUCAGGAGGGAGAGCAGUUUCAACAACUUGAGGAGGCUGAUAUCAAGUUCACAUGGACUGCUGUCACUAUAAAGAGUGAAGAAGAUGAAGAGAAACCUGAGUUGUCACAGCUUCAUCAGAGUCAGACUGAAGAGAACAGAGCGGACUGUGGAGAACAAGAACCAGCCAGGAACUCAGGUCCUGAUGGACAUUUACAACAAGGUACUGAGGACAAGACUGAAGACAGUGAAGAUGAUUGGAUGCAGACCAGGGAACCUCAGUCUGGUUUAAAUACAAAAAAUAGCAAACAGCCUCUAAAUGAUAUGAAAUGUAAAACUGAUAAGAAAGCAUUUGGUUGUUCUGAGUGUGGUAAAAGAUUCAAACAAAAGUGUGGUCUAACAAGACACAUGAGGGCUCAUACAGGAGAGAAACCAUUUAGUUGCUCUGAGUGUGAUCAAAGUUUCAAACGAAAGGGCCAUCUAACUGAACAUAUGUGGGACCAUACAGGAGAGAGACCAUUUAGUUGCUCUGAGUGUGAUCAAAGAUUCAAACGAAAGGGCCAUCUAACUCUACAUAUGAGGAUUCAUACAGGACAGAAACUGUUUAGUUGCUCCGAGUGUGGUAGAAGAUUUCUUCAAAAGGGCCUACUAACUCUACAUAUGAGGAUUCAUACAGGAGAGAAACCGUUUAGUUGCGCUGAGUGUGGUAAAAGACUCAGACGAAAUUGCGAUCUAACUGAACAUAUGAGGAUUCAUUCAGGAGCAAAACCGUUUAGUUGCGCUGAGUGUGGUAAAAGAUUCAGACGAAAUGGCGAGCUAACUGUACAUAUGAGGACUCAUACAGGAGAGAAACCGUUUUGUUGCAUUGAGUGUGGUAAAAGAUUCAAACGAAAGUGGGAUCUAACUGAACAUCUGUGGGACCAUACAGGAGAGAGACCAUUUAGUUGCUCUGAGUGUGAUCAAAGAUUCAAACGAAAGGGCCAUCUAACUCUACAUAUGAGGAUUCAUACAGGAGACAGACCAUUUAGUUGCUCUGAGUGUGAUCAAAGAUUCAAACGAAAGGGCCCUCUAACUCUACAUAUGAGGAUUCAUACAGGAGAGAAACUGUUUAGUUGCUCCGAGUGUGGUAAAGGAUUUCUUCAAAAGGGCCUACUAACUGUACAUAUGAGGACUCAUACAGGUAGAAAGCAUUUAGUUGCGCCUAUUGUGGUAAAAGAUUUAGACUAAUGGGUAAUCUAACUGCAUAUGAGUUAGCCUGGGUGCCAGACGAACUUAGCCCCGCCCAUAACAUUUGAGUUCAGGAAGUUCGGUCUGGCAUUGCUCCGUUGGGGAGAAACUAUGAUCGAACAGAAGCUGUUCUGACCAAUCAAUUUGUCAUGGCGGACUUUAUACGAUGAUGGACAGAUGAUCUACAGUGACGUAAUCAAUCAAGUCAGCAAACAGCGCUGCCUGCCGCUGGAGAGCUGAGAUGAUUUUUGAGCAAUUAUUCAUAUUAUCCAUAUUCAUAGUUCACUGUUCUAAAUAGAGAAUUUAGAAUUCCCCUUUCACCUGUUUUUAUCAGAGUUAAACGAUAUCUUUGUCCUUAGAAAAAAUAACUCAUUGAAUAACCUGAAAGAUUUGUGUUGAUAUUUCUUUUUUCUACUGAUUUGAUUUAUGCCAUAUAUAUUACAUACCCAUAUAUACUGAAUGUAUUUUUCAUAAUUUCCCCUGUGUCUGGUAAAAAACUUGCCCAAAAUUAAACAGACAUUAGAGGAUUCAUACAGGAGAGAAAUUAAUCGUUUGCAAAAUAUUUAUAUAGAUUUAUCAGCAGCUAUCGCUAUUAUCCAUAUUCAUAGUUAACUGUUGUAAAAAGAGAAUUAAGAAUCUCUCCACCUGUUUUUAUCAGUUAAACAAUUUUUAUGUUCCUUCACAACACAACACAUUGACUAACAUGAAAGAUUUGUGUUGAUAUUUUUUGUUUUUACUGAUUUAUGCCUCAUAUAAUACACACCUAUACUGUGAAGGAAAUAAGUAUUUGAUCCUUUGCCGAUUUUUCAAGUUUGACCACUGACUAAUAAAUGAACAGUUGAUGAUUGUAAUGGUAGGUUUAUUGUAACAUUGACAGACAGAAUAUCAACAAAGAAUAUCAAGAUCAUAAAACUCACAUCAUAUAAAAGUUUGAAUUGAUUUGCAUUUGAUUGUGUGAAAUAUAAGUAUAUGACCCACAGAUUUUGUGAAAAAAUGCAUUUAAAUCAGCGUAGUUCAUAGUGAAGCCAUAUACAUUAGUUACAUCGAAAAAAAAGUCUUAGAAAAAGAGCAAAAACACGGGCAACAUCUGAAUUAAAUGAGAUUUAAAUGUGACCAGCAUGGAGACGAAAUGUAGGUGAAAAUAUUCUGUGCUAGGUGACGUGUGUGAGCUACACAGCAGCCACCAGGGGGCCACUGAAAUGUGGUUUCACUUUUGGGAAAUUGUCAUGUAAUCCAUUAUGUACAGUCGUACGUUACCCCACGACAUGUUAAGUUACUUUGCGUUUACUAAGGUUACUUUGCGUUACAUUUUUUCCCAUGUUAGUAAAUUUCUCUUUUUAAUUAUUUACUUGUUUAAAAUGAAU